GAGCUGCAGUCAACCGAAGCAGCUUCUACAUUGAUUUCCCCUGUGAAAUAUACAUGUAACAGAAAACCCCUGAAGGACUGCACCGUAAUUACUGGAGCACAGCUAACAACGUUUUUGUCUCACUACUACAAUCAUUACGGUAAAUAUAGGCUGCGGAGCUUGUGUCCGACCGACCCGGAGUUGCACCGAAAGACACUGCGCCGAACAGCCAGGUUUACAUGGGCAGUGUUGCGGAAUUAGUCUGACAUGACAUGACAGCUGAGCAACAGAUCUAGGAACCAGAUCUCUGAGAUAGGUCUCAGAUGUUAUCUUUUCUUCUGAGCUGUGGACAACAUCCCAUCUAGCCAGGUUUGAUAAGGAGGCUGUCCUGUUCGGCUGGGCGUAUUCCUCUGAAAAUCUUGAAGUCCACUGGUUGAAAUUUGGAGAGGGGACAGAGUUGUUGUGUUCAGCUUUACUCAUCGUCUUGGGUCAGACCACCUAACCAGGCAGACUGAGAGAACAACUCUUGUCCACCCUUCCCCGCUGCUAGCUAGCACUAGCAUGGCUGACAGUCGACAGCCAGAGGAUGGUGCCCACCAGUGGGACUCAUCAGGGGGGCAGGAGCCCACAGGAGCCAAUGGUUUCUCUUCCUCCACCUUUAGGACGUGUCAGCCUGGUGCAACCCACACACCUUACCCUUCCAGGGAGAAUGGCUUUAAUGGCGAGCUAACUGGUGCUCAUGCUGUAACAGCAGAACAAGUGUCAGCGCGGAUCGUGCAGGAAGUGACAGCAGAGGCAGUGGCAGUAUUAAAGGGAGAGCAGGAGACUCAAAGACUGCCGUCAGUUGAAGACACCACAAAUUUGCCUCCCUCUCCUCCCCCCUCACCAGCUGCAGAACACUUUGGUCCUCUGGAACAAGUCUCCUCACACACUCAUUUGACAGCCAAUUUAGAUGUAGGGGAUGAGGAGGAGGCGGGGCCUCUCCGCCGCUUCCAAAAUUCGCGGGAGAGGUGCAAGUUCCUCGCCCCCUCCAUUUCAGUUUCCGUGCCUGAGGACGACCCCUACCACUCCGACGAGGAGUACUAUGAGCACCCAUUGUUCAGCCCAGAGUGGACGCACUCGGGCUCUCGCCCCACAGGGCAGGCUGUGGCCUUUAGACAGAUUGAAGAAGAGACCAUGGAGGCUCUUACAGCUGAAUACGAGGAGGAGGUGGAAGAGGAGGAGGAGGAAGAGAGUGCAGAGGCAGCAGAGUCCGAGACAGCUCUUGAUGAGCAGCAGUGGAGCGGGGAAGAGGCUGAGCUGGACAGCCCCCAAGCUGAGCCCUUAGAGCAGGCAGAGGCAAUUGAGGAGGCCCAGGAUCUAGACCUGGAGCCGGCUGAAGCAACUAGUGCUACGGCAGAAAUCUCUAUGGAGGAGGAAGCAGAGGGUGAGGAGAGCCCUGACACAGGUGUGUCCUGCCCUCUGCUCUCCCUGCCUGCAUGUAACUUCAUUGUUUUCUUCACAAGAAUGUCAAAAGGAACCUAUAAGCGUAUGACUUUAUUCCACUCACAGCAUGCAAAAGUGUUACACCUCUAUGGUGACCAGAACAGCCAACUUACAGAUGUCAUUUCAGCUUUGAAGAUGGACUCAGACAAGCAGGGAAGCGAGAAAAGUGGUUCCAUGAGCCCUGACAGCAUUGGAUCGGAGAAACGCCAAGAGGAGUUUUUCGAGCCCCAGAUGCAAGGAUUCUUUGCUGGUGAACGUGUUGUACCAGAGAGCCCAACCAUGGAUAUGCCGUGUUUUGUGCCUCCAAAUGUUGAGAACCAAGCCAAAGAAUCUACCAGAUCAGUUACACUCCAGCCUACAUAUGGUGAGCCGAUCACAGUGUCAGAAAAACAGCCAUCAGUGGAGGUGGUAGAGUUCAGCAGCAUUAGUGCUCCAUCUGAUUUCUCCUCGAUGGGAAACAAAGUUCAAAGAGCAGAUGACACAAGAGAUGAGAAAGACCGAUCUGGCAUGUCAGCAUAUUUUGAAACAUCAGCAAUUGAGGUCGAUGAAGCUGCGCAGUCUAAGGGUGAGGGCUAUUAUGAACUGAGCAGACCUAGUGAAGAGAAAAGUGAUUCCAAGCCUCAUGACAUGAGCUACCACGCUCUAGCUGAAGCAGGGGAUAAACCUGACACUAAGACAAGUACAGAAGACAGCAGAGUGUUUACAGUUCCUGACAGGAGCAGUGACUGCAGGCUUUCUCCGGGUAAACUAGCCUUAGAGCAGAGGAGUUACUCGUUGAAUAUCACCAUUGGAACCAUGGACCAAAGUGGCCAAGGCAAACCUAGAAACUUCUCCCCUCUAGCCACAGAUAUCAUGUCCUACACCAGUGGAAGUCUAGAUGAGUCAGCAGACUACCUUCCAGUCACCACACCAUCUGUGGAUAAGCCUCCUUCCUUCCCUCCCUUAAUACUGGAGACUGCUGCUUCUGUCACUUCAGAUUCGUCACCUCCUCCUAGAACAACAGAGUCAGUUGCCAAACCCAGCCCUGAACCAGAGUCACCAGAAUCACCACAGCCACUUAAGGGUGGCUAUAAAAAUGGCACCAUGAUGACACAAGAUUUGCCUGAAAUGCUGGACCUUGCUGGUACCCAUUCCAGACUGGCAUCGGAUAAUACUGAGCCAGAAAUUAUACGAAGAAAGUCAAUUCAAGCUGAUGCUCUUGUUUUCACCGAUGACCCACUGGCUAGCCUAGUUUCAGGGGAACAGAGUCCGGGGGCCAGAAAGAGUGAUAGCCAGCUGGAAGAGAGCUACUGUGUCUUCAGUGAAUACUCAGGGCCAAUGCCAUCCCCUGCAGAUGUUUUCAGCCCUACAGACACUUCUGCACAAGUCUUCACCCCCUCUGUCCUGGAGGAGAAAGUGGCUGAGCAGGCAAGGAAGUUGGCAGUCAGAGACACAUCCAUGGAGGACAAGAGUCAGCCAACAGAGGAUGCAAACAUCUCUGAAGAGAAAGGCCAGAUGCAAGUGGAGAGGCAUGAUUCUGCUGCUGAUCAGGCCACAAAGGUUGAUGAUAAUCAGUCGAACAAUAAACCUGAAAGUGAGACCCCAGCUAUUCAAGUAAGUGAGCCCUUUAUAACUCCAACAGUUACUGUGACUCUAGAAGAAGGUGGAAGGACGUUGAGUGAGACUGAGAGACAAGCCAGUGGUGAAGGCUCAGCGUCUGAAACUGAGAUCGCGGAUUAUGAGAGGCAGAUACGCAAAUUGGAGAUGGAGGACAGGCCUCUCAGUUUGGAAGAAGAAAGAGAGCUCCAGGAGCUUCGAGAGAAGGUGAAGUUAGUCCACCAGGAGGCGUAUGAGGAGGUGGAUGCUGAAGAUGUGUAUCAGCUGACCGGUGUGGCCAAGGACCGCAUUGCCAGGCCGGUCAAAACUUCCCCAGCUUCAUCUGUUGAGAGUAACAUUGAUGAUGACAAGCUGCUCUCUCCAGUACUCUCACCCUCUAAGCUUAAACAAAGAGAAUUGUAUGGUUCUCCAAAAAGAACACCUUCACCAGUAUUAGGAAUCAACAAAGAGGAGAAAGAGGUAUUAGAAAGAAAAAAUAUUGAGGAGAAGGAAGCAGCAGAGAGGAAAAUAAAAGAAGAGAAAGAAGAGGCAGAGAGGAAAAUAAAAGAAGAGAAAGAAGAGGCAAGAGAGGAAAAGGAAAGAAUUGAAAAAGAGUUGAAAGAGAGGGAAGAAAAAGAAAAGAAAGAUAAAGAGGAGAAAGAAAAGAUAGAGCGAGAACUUAGAGAGAAAGAAGAAAGAGAGAAAAAAGCUGAGAUGGAUAAGGCAAUCAUAGAGAAGGAAGCUGUAAAACCAACAGAGGCUGAGAAGAAGCAAGAAAAUGCCAAGGAAAAAAUGUUGGAUAAAGCUGGAGCAGGGGCAGCCGCUGAAAAGGAGAUUCCUGAGACUCGUGCUGCCAUUGAAUCUGUAGUGACAGUUGAAGAUGAUUUUAUCACUGUGGUUCAGACUAUUGAUGAAGCAGAAGAGCCAGGACACAGUGUUCGUUUCUCUGCUCCACCUGAGGAAGAGGCAAUCUGUGUCCCUGGCCAGAAAGAGGAAGAAGAGGUAGAGGAGGAGUCUGUAGAGUUUGCUCAAGAAGCAGAUAUAGAAGCAGCCAGUCUAGAAGAGGUAGGGGAUGUUCCUGAGAUCCCUGAGAAGGAAGUUCAACCUGUAGAAACAGAAGGACCAACUGAGAGCUACGAUAGAGAUGAAACCACAAUAGAUGACUCCAUCUUGGACAGCUCCUGGGUUGACACACAAGAUGAUGAUAGGAGUAUGGCAACAGAACGUAUUGAGCCUCUGCCCAAGGUGUCCAGCCCAGUCAAAAAGCCUGCUGUGGUUCAGGUUAAACAGACCCACCAGAGGAAGGCAGAAAAAAUGGAAAAGCCAGUCAAACAAAAGGUUAAGGGAGGGCGACCAAAGGGACGCAUCUCUACACCAGAGCGCAAACCUGUCCGUAAAGAACCCGUCUACAUCCCAAGAGAGGAAGUCAGAAAGAAAAAAGCUGUCAUAAGGAAGACUGAGCUCACCAAGAAAAUAGAGACCCAGACUCAAUCUCCUUCCAAGAGAAGUGUGAUGAAACCUGCUGUCCGCCAGACCCGUCCCACCCAGCACCACUCCUGUCCUAGAAGGAGAACCACAGAGGUGCUACCAGACAGUCGUCAGCCCCUUAGUGUCGCCAGACAGUCUCGAGAUAGAGCAUCGUGCCAUUCCCAUCGUUUGCCAGUAACAAAGAUCCCCACCUCCAUAUUCAGACUGACUGUCCCAUUAGAUAGACCUCGACCAUCCUCAGCAGAGCCUCUGGGCUCCCCCGUACUCAGAAGAUUAAUAGCCAAGGAUGGUGGGUCUUGGAGCCCUGAGAAGAGAUCUUCUCUACCAAGGCAUACCUCCAUUCUUAGUCGCCGUGGCUACCAUGACUAUGAGGAAAGCUCCACAUCCAUCACAAGUUCUGGCUCAACAGCUCCCCGCAGACCAACAUCGUUUCGCACAGAGAUGAGAGCAGAACACAGGACAGGACGAGCCCCUAGUAUGACAGUUACAGAAACAGUGCGUUCUCGUUCAGCACGCAGUGGGCACUCUACCCCUCGCACCCCUGGAUCCACAGCCAUCACCCCAGGAACCCCUCCCAGCUAUUCUUCAUCCUCGAGGACCCCUGGGACUCCACGCUCCCUCAGCCUGAUGUCCCAAGAGAGGAAGGUAGCUGUGGUGCGCACCCCACCCAAGUCGCCUGCCACGACACCCAAGCAGCUCCGCAUCAUCAACCAGCCACUGCCCGACUUUAAGAAUGUCAAGUCAAAGAUUGGCUCGACAGAGAACAUCAAGUACCAGCCCAAAGGAGGACAGAAGCACAAGGACCAAAAUAUGGCAUCAGAGGCCAAACGCAGGGUGUCUUGGAUCUGGAUGUCAGUUCUACGGAUCAUCUCGGUUACUCUAUGUCUUUCAGCGGGACACAGUGUGACCUGGACCAAGGACCUGCUGAUUCAUAUUUUAAACAAGAAGCUGGACUUCAGUCACAUUCUAUCCAAAUGCAGCAUCCAGGAUAAUCUGAAGCACAGACCCCGUGGAAGAAAUGUGCAGAUCCAGAAUAAGAGGAUUGACUUGAGCCAUGUGACCUCCAAGUGUGGCUCUCUAGACAACAUCCAUCAUCGGCCAGGGGGCGGUAACGUGCGUAUUGAGAGUGUGAAGUUGGACUUCAAAGACAAAGCCCAAGCCAAGGUGGGUUCCCUGGAUAAUGCUCAUCACAUUCCUGGUGGAGGCCGCGUCAUGAUUGAGAGCCAUAGGUUGACGUUUCGCGACAAUGCCAGGGCCCGAGUGGACCACGGAGCCGAAAUUAUUGUCCAGUCUCCAGGCCUGUCUGGCUCCAUGUCACCCCAUCGCCACCGGGACAGCCAUCUGUCAUCUUCCUGCAGUCUCAACAUGAUGGAUUCACCACAGCUAGCAACCCUGGCUGAGGAUGUCACUGCUGCUCUGGCCAAGCAGGGUUUGUGAACACUGGAUCUCUGGAUUCUUUUCUGCAUCCUGGACAUCCUCACCCGAACUUCCCUGCCCACUCCUGCCACCUUGAGGCCACCCUCAGCUAAACCACAGUCUCUAAACAUUUUCACGUUAAGAUCCAUCACUUUAAGUAGAGACUCAGAUUAGGAGCUACUGUACUUUGGUCCUCUUUAUUUCCUAUUUUAAAUCAAAAUAUGUGCUAUUUAUGAUUCAUUCUGUUGGCCUCUCUCUUUUUGAAUGAUGUUGCAUAGAAUAGUUCAGUCUGACCAUUGGGCCUGAAUACAGUGUUGUAUGUGAAGUGGGGACCAGGUUUUGGCUUGUCUUGUCCUGGUUUAGAGUUCUGAAGAAGCUACAGCCUUUUUUCUACUUUUAUCAAAGAGUCAUGCGGCUAGCAAACCAUGCAGCACGUAUUGUUCUUGCUCAGUAAAUGUGCAUGGACGCCAAACCCUCUAAUGAAGCAAGCAUCCUUACUGCAAGUCAUUCUUGUCAUCCAAUAUUUAAUAUAUUUAACUAAUAUAUAUAGAAAUAUGUACAAAAAAUUCAAGUUCUUUGCCAUCCACAUGUCCUAAAAUAUUUUAAAAGGAAAUGACAAUAUGGCUAUAAGAUAUACAGUACUUGUAAAAUUGCAUUACUGCAAGACCUAGGUAAUGUUAUGACAAGCAUGUAUUGAUUCUAAUCUUAAAAGAGGCUAUUUUGUAAUCUAAGAAAGGAUUUUAGUAAGCAAUUUCCUCAACUAUUGGUUAAAGAUAAAACAAGUUCAUGUUUUGUAGUUAUUAGUUGUUUACAGUGUUCUGCUUGGUGACAAUGUCAGACAGCUGAAUCGGUGUUGCUAAGGAAUGCAUCUCAGUCCUGUUGAAGAGCAUCAUACACUCGUACCCGGUCAGUAGUUCAAUAUAGACGCAAAUUAAAAGCAGGAGAUCAUUCCACCUCUGUCUAAUAAGAAAACAGCUAAAAGUGUCUUGUCUUUACAGCUACAGAUAUUCAGCUCACAUGAACAGUGCAGUGGGCAUUCCUCUGAAAACACAGGCUGACGUUGCACUCAUCAGGACUGUCUGGUGUCUGGACUGAGGACGACUCCACAAAUGGGACCUGAGAUUUAGGAGAAGACACGGCUACUCUGAAAUCUGUCUGUGUGCGCGUUUGGUGCAGAUCCAAUGCCAUUUUACGAUGUACGCUUCUGUACCUGGAUGUUUUGUUGCUAUGUGUGGGAGAAGAAAGUGAAAAAAAAAAAAUUUUGAAAAUCCAUUAAAAAGACGUUCAUUAAGAAAAACAAAAUGGCCGAGGGAACUCGGAUCUCGUUUCAUCUCUUAGAAAAAAGUGUUUGGGUGAUCUAGUUUCUUUUUCAGACACCAUUUGUGGUAUAACCUGCCUCCUGCCUAAUUACUGCCCUCACCUGAGAUUGUUUGUUUGCUUCUGUGUUUUUUCUGCAUACCCCAUCUCUGUGUUCUCCUUCCCUGCCUCCUGCUCUACCCUACAGCAACUGUAAAUGUAUUUAAAAGGUCAAGUAGAUGUACGCAGUUUUUCUCUUGUUGAUAUGACACCAAUUACAAUAAUUAAUGACAAUAAAAAAGGACAAAAAGUGAUGCUGAAGCACUGUAUUUUGUUCUGAAUGCAAGAUUUAAAGCCUUAAGUCUUAAACAGUCUUAAAUAGCUCAUUUAGAAUUUAAGGCCUUGGAAAGUCUUAAAGUUUGAUUUUGAGUGAGAGGUCUACAUUUUAGAUGGCCCUUUGAAUGGUUCUUUGAUCUUUGUUUUUCUAGCCACCCUUUUGGGAUUUAAACAUCUUCCUCUACAGAUUGUUGUAUAAAUAUUCUCCAGAAUUCAGGGAAUUCAGCGUUGGAUGUUGUGGUUGAAUAUACUCUGUACUGUUGUAAAACAUGAGUCUAGAGUCGUCUUGGUUACGAGUUUGCCCACUUAAACAUCUAUGCAGCCCACCCUUUGUAUCACAGGGCUUCUCUGACAAAAAAUGUUACUCUGCUUUUUAGUUGCUAAAUUGCCUAGAAUCAUUUUAAAACACAUGCUAACUUGUUAUGGUAAAUAACAGUAUAUAUAUUAUUGAUAAAAUAGAUGUAUUAAAUCUGCUAAAAGAUCAGCAAAUUUAGGUGUUAAUUACACCCCAAAAGAACCUUUGCCCUGUCCUAUUUGACGCUUUUUAAACAGUUCACUAAAUCAGAAAAUUCAGCCCUGAUCGGGUGUAUAAGAGAUCUUGAAUGCCUCUCAUUUUUUGACCAUUUACUGUGCAAAAAGGUGUGUUAACUUCUCUCAGUUCAGGUCUUUAAAAAGGCCUUAAAAAGUCUUGAAUUGGAUUUUUAAAAGUGUAUAAAGGCAAUAGCUAGGACUCAAUCCAUUGACUUGUUGGAUGAAAAUGAAGCGAAACCACAUUUACAUAUGAAGGUCUAGCCAGCACAACUUUUGCUUUACUAAAACCCUGGAAGAAGGGGCUAACAGCUAGCCUAGCUUUGUCUAGAUGAAAAAGUUGUGUGCUAAUUGACGGCUAGCUCUUGCUAGUGCAAAACCAAAAACUGUGUUCCCUGAAAUAAUUCACGUUUCCUUUUCUGUUUCUACCUGAGUUAUACAGACAGAUGAAUUGCUUAUAAAUAGAAUGAAAAACUUAAACUUAAAUGGGAGUUUGUUAAAAGUUUAUUGUGAAAUGGCAGAGGAUACAAUAAAUUAAGACCUAGGGAUGGGUUUGGUUUAGGAGUAGAUACGUUUUGAUGGCCAGUCCUGGGCCAAAUCAGUCACUUUGCUGGCAGAUCAAAAACCAGCUAGACGGUAAGUGACAGGGGAGUGAUGGUCAUCGUUAUCCUACCUUCCCCUCCAUCACUGUUCUGCUGUGUUUGCCAGUGAUGUUUUAAAAAAACAGAUGAUUAGACGACUGAAGACGAGGAUAGAAACAUCUCAGGGGAGAUCAGGAUGGCUUCCUGAGCAGCAGGAGGAGGAGGGGGGAAAAGCACCAGUUGGACAAAAAAUAUGUGUAGAA